UGUAAACAUGUUGUAGUUUGCGGUAAACCGGCUUGUUGAGCUACAAACAACAUAAAAAUGCCCAGAAAAGGUCGCUUAUCACCGAUGACCUCCGUGCUUGUCAGCGGAAUGGUUUUUCUUUGUUACAUUGAAGAAGUAUUUUGCGAUGCAGAUGCGACAGAGAUUUUCCGCGACGAUUUUCAAAUGCUGAAUCUGGAAAACUGGGAGGUUGCCAAUGAGAGCAACGCAACUAACGCACUUUGGGAUCCUGAGAACGUGUUUGCCCAAAACGGUGUAUUGACCUUGAGAUCUGCCAUGCAUAGUCAAGGCACAAAUCGGUCGCGUAUCAAUGCUGGACUAACGACAAAGGAUUUCGCCUUUAAGUACGGACAACUCUUAAUUCGUUUAAAAUAUUCCCAUGGUUACGAUGACGACUCCGCUGCGUGUUCUAUGAUCAUGUUGAUGCCGUUUGGGAACGCCUCCUUUCCCAAUACGUCAAUCGUUUUCUGCUCUGAUGCGCCUACUCUGAUAAUCGCAUAUCAGACAUACGCCGCAAUCUCCGGUGAAGCCACCAAAUACGAGCAAACUUUUAUUAGCGAUGGAGAUUUGAACCUCGAUUACCACAUCUAUCGACUGGUCAGGACGGAUGAGCUGAUGGAAUUAUAUAUGGACGACAUUCGUCUCUUUAACCUCACCGUUCCCGGGCUGGAGAACUGGCCAGAAAUGCGCAUACGACUCUUAAAUGGUUUGAAAGAUGGCCAGCACCCUGGAAAUUUGCGUUUCAUGGCAAAAGGACUUCCACCAGUACCGUCAUACGAAUUUCUUAUAGAUUAUGUCAUUGUGCUGCAACAAAAUAGGCUGCAUAGCGGAUUAACAACAGGAUAG